AACGGACAACGCUCACCGAUUAUGGAGACAAUAGGAGUUUUAGCACUCUGUUUCAGUCUGUUCAGCGGGGCGCAUGGCGAUAAACAGGACAUUUAUGCGAAAGUUGUGGAUUUAAUGUCUCCAGGACAGGAGUUCCUCACAGAAGAUGCGGUUCGCUCGGUUUUGGGACGGCUGGAGGAGCGCGUGCAGUGCUCAGGUGUGUCGUGUGGAAAGUGCCUUUCUGUGGAAGUUCUGCCCCAGCUGUUGAGCAGCUACAACACCUCACAGGGGCUACAGAUGGAGGACUUCUUCACAAUGGCCCCUGGGUGCUGUCUGUUCCUGAGCGGGCCCCCGGACACCUGCAGGGGUAUAGAUGAGGGCCGCUGGAGCGUACAGACCCAACACUUCAUUGAAACAAUGUUAAGCCACGACAACAACACCACCCCCGGUAAUCCUCCCCAAAGUGAUAUCGGUGCCACGGAACUGGAGAGUUUGGAGAGACUGUUUGACAGUAUGGAAAAAUACAAUCGGCCUGACGUACAUGAGACCUGUCUCUCUCUGAACAACAUCCUGAAAGAGAGUAGCACCCAUGACGGAGACCACACGCGCACAGAGCUGGAUGCUGUGUUCGGAAACAUCGUUUAUCAUGUCCUGCGUGGAGAUUGCAUGAAGACGCAUGUCCGUCCUGAGCAAGAGCUUUUCCUGGAUUACAUCUUUAACCUGUUUGGCUCUGAAAAUCUCACCUUGCAUAAUUUUGAAGCGCUUCUCAAGACCCUAAACCUUGGUGGAGAGGAACACGACUACGACCACAUUGACGAUGAGCCCCACCACAGUGGAAAGACCCGUCAGCAAAGUCAUCCAGACAACAACAGCAGCUGGGACUCGACUUGUUUCAGUGCUGAAGACCUGCUGAGGAUCUUCCACGUGAACUCUUCCACAACACUGACCAGAGAUCAGUUUACUCAGCUCAGUCCUGCCCUGAUUCAACAGAUACUCAGUGGAGGCUGUUCUCAGAUCAGUACCACCCCCGUGGCCAAUGAUCCCCUGAGCACCGUCGAGAGAUAUGGAUAUGCCACCCUUGCCAACAUCAUCAUCUGUCUGAUGGCCAUGUUUGGGAUCGUGGUGCUGUUGUUCUCCACCUGUACUCAAGUGUUUGAUCUCUGUAUUCAGUUCUGCAUCGGUCUCGCUGUGGGAUCUCUCACGGGUGACGCUCUGUUGCAUCUGCUUCCUGCGAUCUUGAGCCUUCAUAAACAUGAUGACGGACACAGUCAGGACCAUUCAGAGGAGAACUUUGACUACGUUUACAAGCUCCUGGUGGUCAUUGGAGGCAUCUAUGUCUUCUACCUGCUGGAAACCAUCUUCUCCAUCAUUACUCGUCAAGAUCACCAUCAUCAUACUGGAGAGACUGAACCUCAUCACUGUGACCACAGUAAAGUGCUACAGCUGUUCCAGAGAAGAAGACAGAACAAUCACUCCACCUCUCAGGCUGAGCUGGUGGAUACGGAAAAUAAUGGGAAGUCUGUCCCGGGACCAACUGGCCCCAAAAGAGAGCAGCGUUUGCUCCCCUAUAUGAUCACCAUUGGAGAUGCCAUCCAUAACUUUGUAGACGGUUUGGCCAUGGGUGCUGCAUUCUCUGUGUCGUGGCGUUCAGGGCUGGCGACGUCGCUCGCGGUGCUCUGUCACGAACUGCCACAUGAGUUAGGUGAUUUUGCGAUCCUGUUGCACUGCGGUCUGUCUGUGAAAAACGCUCUGCUGUUGAACGUGGCCAGCGCUCUCACCUCAUUCAUCGGCCUGUACAUCGCGCUGUCCGUCUCCACCGAAACGGUCGCCCCAGAGUGGAUUUCCGCUGUCACUACCGGCCUCUUUCUGUAUGUUGGUCUUGCGGACAUGGUACGUUAUACAUUUGAAAAGAUAUUUCAAAGUCAACAGAUACUUCCUGCAUUCAUAUCUAAUAAAUGUUUUUAUCUUCUAGCUUCCCACCAUGAUUCACGUGGACAGCAAAAGACCUUGGCUGGUGUUUCUGCUGCAGAAUUUGGGGCUGUUGUGUGGCUGGGGAAUUUUGUUGCUCCUGUCUUUAUAUGAAGAACAGAUAGGUGUCUAAACAUGGCGUGUUUGGUACAGAAGUUGAUGAAACAGAUUAAAUAUAUUCAUGCAAUUUAGAGCUUACUUGAUUGUUUUCAUAUAGAAUUAUAUAUUUUUUUUGGGGCUAAGCAAUAAACUGUAAUAAUGUUUUCAUCAUUAUGUUAUAAUAUUUUUGUUUCCAUCCAUUUAACUUGUCGCAGAAUUUUAAGGAUGCAAUUACACUCUUUUACUGCCAUAUGAUGCAUGUUCAAGAUUCAGUUUCGGGUAAUUCUGACAACAUACUACUAUGUGUAAAUGAUUGUACUUAAUGGGAUAGUGUGAAAUUUGAUUGCUUUAUCAUGCUAUAUAAAAACAUGUACAUAAACACUCAAGAAGACUAUUGAUGACUUUUGUCAAAGCUAUUUCUGUGAGAAUAUUCCUAUACAUCAUUAACUCAUUGACAUUACACUUUUAAUAAUUAACUCAUUGAUGUUGGCACUCAUUAAAGUCUUAUGCAUAUUAACGUGCUGUUAGUUACUGUUUGUUAGUGCCAUAACAGGUUGAAGGGGUGAAACCAGUCAUUUUAUUCUUUGGUCGAUCCUCAGAAGUGCCCAUUAUUCAACAAUAGCCACAGAACUGCAGGGAAAUUACAGGAUGCUUUAAAAUAUAACCUGUACAUCUCAAUUUCAAUACAGAAUAAUGGCUACAACAAAAGUGAAAGGCGAUACUGAUGCUAACAUAUUUCCCAACAUGUUCACAAAAGGAAGUCAUUUUCCCGGUGGGAUGAUGCAUUUUGGGGCCGAUCAGGGGCGGACUGGCCAUUGGGAGAACCAAGUGGGCCGGUGGGUUGGCCGCAAAACAGGCCCAAUGGGCCGCGAUAAGCUACAAUGAGCCACCGCAUUAUGCAGAACAGACCACAAAACGGCACCGCGAUAAGCAGAAAAGGACAAAAAACAAAUGUUGUUCUAAACCAGAUGGAUUUCAGAGGUCUUUUGUGCUUUGU